CGAACUACAUACAUACAUACACACCAAGCACAAACAACAGAAACCACAACAAUGUCCAGAACCAAGGCACAUACACCCCCCUCCUCCUUCCCCGACCUCCUCGACGUCCUCAUCGUCGGCGCAGGCCCCUGCGGCCUCGCCGUCGCCGCCCGUCUCCGCGAAGAAACGCCCUCCGCCAUGUUCACCGACGACGAGCACCAGCGCUACCACUGGAUCAACAAGCAUAGCGGCCGGAUGGCGCUCGUGCAGGCCCACCGGGGGAAGUUACAUGGCGUGAGUGCGGAGAAGUGGUGGGGGUUUGGAGAUUCUUCAUCUCCUUCUUCUUCUUCUUCAUCAUCGUCGUCUUCUUCUCGGCGCCAACGGAGUCACUCAUCAACAUCCUCGUCAACGCCAUCCUUGUCGUCAUCAGUUUCCUCCGCGCCAGAAAUAAGUCUAGAAUAUGGCAGCAACAACAGGAAAGAAAAAGAAGAAGAAGAAGAGAGCGGCAUCUCGACCCUCGUCCUGGAUAGUUCAGGGAACCGCUGGAUGGAGAAAUGGAACCAGGCGUUCCGGACGCUAGAGAUCGAGCAGCUUCGCAGUCCGAUGUUCUUUCAUGUGGACCCGCGGGACCGCGAUGGCAUGUUGGCGUAUACGCAGGAGGGAGGCCGAGAGGCCGAUCUCUGGGAGAUUUCGGGCUGCGUAGGUAAGGAGUUGAGUAAACAUAAGAAGAAGAAGAUGUGGGGGAGGUCGAGGGCACAAGCAGUAGGAGAAGUCGAGAUCGACGAGCGAGACCGCAAGGACUACUUCUCUCCAUCCACGGGCCUAUUCGCCGACUACUGCGGGAGCAUUGUAUCGCGAUAUGGGCUUGACUCGCCCGACAUGAUCCGGCAGUGCGAGGUCGAGGACAUCAAGUACGACUACCACCCGGAGAUGUCACCAACAGACAAGAUCUUCACGGUGACAGCGGCAGACGGGACCCGGUUCUACAGUCGGGUCGUGGUGUUGGCUAUUGGGCCUGGGAGGACGAAGAUCCUCCCAUUCCAGCUGACCGCGGAGGAGAGGAACGGGGCGUGUCAUAGUACGGAGAUUCGCGCGUUCCCAAGCCCGAAUGUGAAGGCAAAGAUCAGGCAGCGGCAGGAGACGAAUGUGGUGGUGGAUAUGGCGCUGCGUAAAGGCGUCACGCGCGUGUGGUUUCUCCUGAGGUCUGAUUUCAAAGUCAAACACUUCGACCUAUCCCUAAACUGGAUGGGCAAGUUCAAGAACUUCGAAAAGGCAGCCUUCUGGUCCGCGGACACGGACGAGGAACGCCUCGAGAUGAUCAAAGCCGCGCGCAACGGCGGCAGCAUCACACCCCGGUACCAGAAGCUCCUGAAGCAGCAUGUCGCGCGCCACCGACUCUCCAUCCAUCCACGCACGGUCAUCAGCGGCCGGAAGUACUGCGCCUCGUCGCGCACAUGGCGUCUGACGACCGACCCCCCGAUUCCGGAUCUCCCUCGCAUCGACUACAUCUACUUUGCGACGGGCAUGCAGGCGGACGUCCACGAGCUGCCGCUGCUCCGCCAGAUGAACCGCGACUAUCCCAUCGAGACCAAGCAGGGGCUGCCGUGCAUCACGGAUGACCUGAUGUGGCGGUCCGGGGUGCCUCUCUUCCUGACGGGCCGGCUGGGGUCGCUGAGGCUGGGUCCCGGGGCGGCGAACCUGGAGGGAGCGAGGCUGGGUGCGGAGCGUGUUGCGUGGGCCAUGGAGGAUGUCUUGGGUCGGCGGGAAGAUGGCGAUACUACGCGGUCUGGACGCUCGAAGGAGUGUUUCUGUGGCUUGGGGAAUCGGUAUGCUGAGCUGGCUGACGUGGAUGUGGAUGUAGAUGGGUGGGAGGAGUAAAGGAGAGGAGAGGAGAGUAGAGAAGAGGAUACUGGAUUCG